GUUAGCCCACUGCAAUGUAAGCAUGCUAUCUUCUAAUAUAUAAUUGGAUUUUUACUGACCCAGAUUCAGACUCACUGCAUUGACUUGAAUGGCCUACUUAGAACAUCUACUCCAGCUGAUCAGACCAGCAUUCCUUCCUCUAUGAAGUGUACCUUUCAAGUCGUGCGCUGCCUUUUUAUUGCAAAAGUAGUAGCGGCAGGGAUGGCCAAACCUUUUCCAUUGUUGGUCACAGAAUAAUAAGGAGCCCGCUUCACUUUGUGUUUAUGAAACAUGGUAAAGCCAAUUCACUAUACUGUAGGUCAACAUGCUAAGCCGUUCAACAGUAUUUAACGAAAGAAAUGGGUCUAUUGUGUGCUGUAGCUUUUAUUUAUCAUUCUGCCAUACAUGUUGAAUAUACAAGGGUUGGAAAGUUAUUUCUCAAAGGCCCACAGUCUCAAUAACAAUAAUUUAAAAAAAAAAAAACAAUCAUGACUAACCACCAAAUCUCUACCAAAUGUAAAUCUCUAAGGAAUAAGUUAUUGGUAUGAUUGUGAUGUCGAAAUAAUUUGCAUUAAAAUAUUGUGUUAACGCUAAAAUUACUAUUAAAGAGCCUCUGAAUGAUUGGUCAUUAUGUUGCCGAUGGGUGUACAUAUGGUCUGACCAGCUCCUUGAAAUGUAUUGAAGGACUAACUUGUGGUUGGGACCUGCCAAUUGUGACUUAAGGUGGCAGCCCACAUACUGCACGUGGGCACUUUGCGUCUCCUAAAAAUAGGCCCGACUAAAGCCUCUUAAGUUCAAGCCACAUAAGUUGCUUUCCCUGAGUGCCAACAAAUCCUAGAGGAUAGUGGCACUUUUAAUGCCUGAAGGGUUGUGACAGGAGGGAUGCUUGCAGGUGCUCUCUGGGUGGUUUGACCAUGCAGGGUAGUGAAGUAGGCCCCCACGGUUUUUACAGGUGGGGCCUCCGGUAUGAGUGACCUGCUGGUGGAGGAGCUGGUGGCCAACACAGCGUACCUCAGGGCUCAGUGGAAGGACACCGAUGAGCUGCGAAAGGAGAGAACCUCCCCGACUCUGCCCCUGCCGAGGAGCUCCUCAGUUCUGCAGGAAGCGGAAGGGAAGCAGUACGAGUCGCUUUGUGAGCAGCAGCCCAUUGGCAGGAAGUUAUUCCGGCAGUUUCUCCUCAGCUGUAACCCGCAGUACGCCGCAGCCGUCGAGUUCCUGGAGGAGCUGGGAGGAUGGAGUUUUGCCGAAGAAGACACCGAAGCAAAGGCCAGACGGAACCUCCUCUUUAAAUUGUGUCGGCCCGAGUCCAGGAGUUUUCUGUCUUUUCUCAAGGGAGACGCUGUGGAAGCAUGCAAGCGCUUAUCAAACAACAUUGUUAAUGAGACCACACUGAGCCAGAUGAGAGAAGCCACAAGAGACUUCCUGCGCGGAAAACCUUUCUCGGAAUACCUGAGGAGCCCAUUCUUUUACAGGUUUCUGCAGUGGAAGGAGUAUGAGAGACAGAAGAUUAGUGAUAAAUACUUUCAUGAGUUUCGGACAUUGGGGAAAGGUGGUUUUGGAGAGGUGUGUGCAGUGCAGGUGAAGACGACAGGACAGAUGUACGCCUGCAAGAAGCUGGAUAAGCGACGCUUGAAGAAGAAAGGUGGUGAGAGGUUGGCCCUUCAGGAGAAGAAGAUCCUGGAGAAGGUUAACAGUCUUUUCAUUGUGAACUUGGCCUACGCCUACGAUAACAACACCCACUUGUGCCUGGUCAUGGACCUGAUGAAUGGAGGAGACCUCAAGUUCCACAUCUACGAGCUCGGAGAGCGCGGUAUCCGCAUGGACCGUGUGAUUUACUACGCGGCCCAGAUGACCAUGGGCAUCCUUCACCUGCACUCGAUGAACAUUGUCUAUCGCGAUUUGAAGCCAGAAAACGUGCUGCUGGAUGCUUACGGCCAUUGUAGACUGUCAGACCUCGGAUUGGCUGUCGAGCUGCCGAAUGGGAAAAUGAUCUGCCAAAAAGCUGGUACAACUGGUUACAUGGCCCCCGAGAUCCUGAUGCAGCAGUACUACAGCACAUCUGUGGACUGGUGGGCGCUGGGCUGCACCAUCUACGAGAUGGUGGCUGCUCGCCUGCCCUUCCGAGACUUCCGCGAAAAGGUGCAGAAGAGUGAGGUGACCCGGCGCACCAUGGAAGACCUGUGCAAGUUUCAACACAAGAGAUUUGACCCGGCUACCAAAGACAUCAUCUGUUGCCUCCUUAAGAAAAAAGCGGCACAUCGCCUUGGGUGCCAAGGUGAUGACCCACGAAAACACCAAUUUUUCAAGAACAUUAAUUUCCGUCAGCUGGAGGCGUGGAAGUUGGAGCCCCCCUGGGUGCCAAAACCCAACGUGGUGUACGCCAAAGACACAGACUACUUCGACGACACGUCAAAGGUUGGAGACAUUGAACUGGAUGCCACGGAUGAGACCUUCUUCGAAGAGUUCAGCACGGGCGCCGUGCCAAUCUCGUGGCAGAAGGAGAUGAUUGACAGCGGGUUGUUUGAUGAGCUCAACAGGCCUGAAAGGAACGGCCAUGAUCAAGUGAUGGCAUGGAAAUCAAAGACGUGCGUCAUCUUGUGAGCAUCCCAUCUAAUCCUCAAUCAGGAUAAGCUACACUUCUCCUGAAUACUUGAAAUGAUGCUGCUGGUCUUAAAUAGGAUCCUUACACAAUAAGUACCUCUAAUAACAUUCAAAUUACAAUCAUCCUCAUUUGAUUGAAAGAGUUUGAUAGCAACUUCAAUGUUGCUUUUCUCUUUAAAUCAUUAUUGUGCCAGUCCCUACAGUUAAAUGCUCCCCCCCCCCCCCCCUCUCUCUCAGCAUGUUAAAAUGUGUCUUUUUUUUGGGGAGACAGAUGAAAACCUUGUUGGAAACAUGCAGUGUGUACUUUUCUGCAGCUAACUGCGGUUUACUGCUGCAGUAACUGCACAUUCAUACAGGUUGGUUUACAGCAGAGUUCCGAAUUUCAAGUGGAAACAUGGCGUAGUCUAUCACCAACCCAUGCUAAUGCAGUAGUAAAGUCACAAUUACACUUCUAGGCCUUAACUAUGACAUAAUCAAAUGAAAAUUAUGUAGGCUUAACUCAGUACAAUGGGAACUGACCGUGCCUUCUUGUGCAGUGUGUCAACGUAUUGAGCAAUACUGUAAAGUAGCACACGUGGGGUGUAGUAACACAAUUAAACCACCAGAUGUCGCCAGACGCCCGUGAAAGCCAUUCCUCAUAUAAUUUCAAGUUAUAAACGCUGACCUUUCCUGCUUUAAUUAGUGAUAGAUGUACUGUAAAAGGAGGAAAAAACAUGCCAAAUGAUUCCAUCUCCUUAUUGUUCUCCAGCUCCAUCCACACAACAAUCCUACGACAGAUAGUAAACAGAUUAAGGUCAGCAAUGUAUUGGCACUUUAAAUCCUAAAUGUGUAUUCCUUUCCUUUUAUCUAAUACCAUGUUGAUGCCUUGUUUUUAUAUAAAUACUGUGCUUAUGUGU